AUGAUGCAAUAUUGUAAGAAUGGUUCCUCCAUCCAUCUUUAUUGGGUGGACAACGGACUCAACCCAUGUUUUAUUGAUACACUUACCUCUUCAAUUUUCUUCCUCAUCAUUGGCGUCUUUGGCGUUGUGCAGUCUUGCAUGUACGACAGAUAUUCAACACCUGUGGAGAAGAAAUACCAGCCUUUCAAUGUUGGAUAUAUUUUACAGGUUGCUUGUACUUGUCUUUUAAUUAUCGAGUGCGUCUUGCACAUUGUCCUGACUGAUGCUGCCAUCAGUUCACACACUGUCUAUGGCUAUCAACUGUACACAGCCCUUGUCUACUUCUUUGGUUGGACAAUGUCUUUACGUCUACUCUGUCUGGAGAGGUCACGGGCGCUACCUUCUAUUCCAACCCGUGGCCAUGGUCUUGUAUUGCUCGUCUUUUGGACGAUGGCAUUCAUCCGUGAAAACCUUGCCUUUGUGUCAUGGUUCAGCACUGCUUGGUGGUGGCAUUUAAGGAAUAAGUCAGAACAGAUUGAGUUCUCAAUGUGGCUUCUUCGUUAUUUGGGCACCAUGUGCCUUUUUGUGCUGGGUUUCCAAGCACCUGGUGUUCCUCGGGCAGAUUAUUAUAUGCUGAUACGAGAUAUAGAGCAGGGUCAAGAAAGGUCACAAGUCUCUGUUUGGAAGAAUGUUUUGGCAAAAUUAAAGAUUAUGUUCCCCAUGGUGUGGCCGAAGGGGAAACCAUGGCUUCAGCUUAUGGUCAUUCUAUGCCUGGGCCUCUUAGGCUUGGGUCGUGUCAUCAAUGUUUACGUCCCUGUUUAUUAUAAAAAGAUUGUUAACAGCUUGAUUGAAACUGGAGAUAAACCUUUGGAAUUCCGUUGGGAUCUCAUUCUCAUCUAUGCAGGACUUUUCAUGUUACAAGGAGGUGGUUUUGGCUCCACUGGUGUUCUCAAUAACCUGCGAUCAUUUUUUUGGAUCCGUGUUCAACAAUUUACCACCCGAGAGAUCCAGUUAAAACUUUUUGGUCAUUUACACAGGUGA